GGAUAACAUGCAUGUGGGUCUCACAGUAACAGUCUCGCUUCUUUUAAUUGAAAAAUUGCAGUUCAGUUGAUGUUUCCGUGCUUCAAGAAAUACUAAUGUAUUUGUGGCUAAUUAAAUGAUGAAUAAUAAUUAUUUUCAAAAUUUUUAUCAUCAAUAUAAGCCGGUAUGCGAAUUGAGGCAAAAAACUAACAGUAGUGAUGUUUUUGGUUUUCAAGGUGCAAACUAUGUUAGGUUUAAGGGACAUAGUGAUAAGAAAUGUGUCGGUGAUAGUGAUAAUAGGGUACUGAAAAGGGAAUCGGUUAGUGAUGAGGAUCAGAAAAAUUCAGGAUCAGCAGGUGACACAGGAUAUGUCAGUGCCGAAAGCUCAAUAGAUAGUGACGACGAAAAAGAACUCAACCACGUUUUAGAUCCACAAAAUACCGGGUGUUCCAUAAACGGGCCGAGAAAAUGUCUGGAAUGGGCCUGCAAAGCCUGUAAAAAGAAAUCGGUCGCCAUUGAUCGACGAAAAGCCGCUACUUUGAGGGAAAGAAGACGAUUACGAAAAGUAAACGAAGCUUUCGAAGUACUGAAACGACGUACGUGUAAUAAUCCAGGCCAAAGAUUACCGAAAGUUGAAAUACUGAGAAGUGCCAUAGAAUAUAUUGAAUAUUUAGAAGACAUUUUACAAGGAUCUAAAACUGCAGCUGAAAAACUUAGCGAAGCCAAUUCUGGAAAGAACGAAUAUGUGAAUCCUUCCACAACACAAUACUUGUGCGACAGGCUGCAACAAUUGAGCGAACCGAAAUAUUCUCCACAUAAUGGUUUCGAAUCUCCUGGUACGACAUCAAGCUUGGAUUGCCUGAAUUUGAUCGUCCAAAAUAUCACAUCCAAACGACCAAAAGCGAACAACGAAAUUAGAACCUGAAUCUUUGCUCAACAAUUUAUUUGUACUUAUUUUAAAUAAAUAGUUUCUUGUAUUAGGUAUA